CAAAGAGGAGGAGGAAAGAAAAAGGAAAAAGCUCAGCUUCGUAGACUCGACCCGGCACGCUUCCGAGUCGAGUGACUCAGCCAUGACUCGUCGCUGCUCCCAUUGCAGCAACAACGGGCACAACUCGCGCACGUGCCCGUCGCGAGGCGGACUGAAACUGUUCGGCGUCCGGCUGACCGACGGCUCUUCCAUGAAGAAGAGCGCGAGCAUGGGGAAUCUGUCAUCCGCGCAUCAUCAUUCAUUUUCUUCCUCCCCAAACCCUGGCUCUCCCUCCUCAGAUCUCCUCCGCGAUCCGACGCACCUCGCCGAAGGCUACGCGUCGGAUGAUCCCGCGCACGCCUCUUGUUCGUCGAAUUGCCGCGGUGAGCGUAAGAAAGGCAUCCCUUGGACAGAAGAGGAGCACCGGAUGUUCUUAGUGGGUCUCCAGAAGUUGGGAAAAGGCGACUGGCGUGGAAUAGCACGGAACUUUGUUGUGUCAAGGAGUCCUACUCAAGUUGCCAGCCACGCCCAGAAGUAUUUCAUCCGACAGAGUAACACAUCCAGAAGGAAGAGACGAUCAAGCCUAUUUGAUAUGGUUCCAGACAUGACAAACGAGUCGCUACCUGCACUUGAAGAACAAUUCCUGCGCCCUUCUUUUCAAGCAAGUGAAACAGAAAACACAAAUCCAUCUCCCCCUUUAAAUCUCUCUCUCAAUCUCGAAUGCAAACCCAUGGAAUCAACUUCCGACGACACUCCAAUAGAGCCUGAAGAACACAUAGCAUGCAGCAGUUUUCCACCUAUGCUCCCAGCAUUCUUCCCGGCAUAUCUACCAAUUCCUCCAUAUCCAUUCUGGCAUCCGAAUCAGACACAUGCUGGGAAAGAGGUGGAGACACAUAAGGUCCUGAAGCCAACCCCAGUCCUUUCAAAGGAUCCAGUCAAUGUAGACGAGCUUGUGGGCCUGUCCAAGCUAAGCCUUGCGGAGCCUGUUGCUGGGCGUAUAGAGCCAUCUGCACUCUCUGUAAAACUGCUCGGUGCCCCUCUGUCAAGGCAGUCUGCGUUUCAUGCGAACCCACCUGUUGGUGGGUCAGAUAUAAGCCAGAGCAACGGCAAUGCAAUCCAUGCAGUUUGAGAGAGGGCGAGAGAGAAUCCAUGCAGUUUCAGAGAGGCUGAGCAUCAAAUGCCUUCUUUCUUUUCAUUUAGUCUUCAUGUGUAUACGAGGGUUUCUUAUCCUUGUCAAGAAAGCUGGUUCACGUUGGAGGCACAACUGUUUUUGUUUGUUGUUUUUUUUUUUUUUUUUCCCUCUUAGAAAGGUAAAGAUAGAGUUAAAGAAUAAUUAUUCUUUAAUUAGAUUUUCCCAACAACAACCUUA